CCCCCCUCCAGUCAGUCUCCGCCCUUCCAGAAGGCCGCCGGAGUAGACGUGCUCCGGCCACUCCCCCCUUCAGAUCCCGCCGCCGCGCCCCAGCCCCCAUUGCUGCGGGGUUGCACCGGACUUGCUUUUAUCAUAUGACCGGCAAAAUGUCCCCUCAGUGAUACCCAGGCAUGAUUUGGGUACUGUUCAUAAUGCAGUUGGCUUCUCAUGGCACCCGAAAUGACGAAGGAAUGCAGCUGGUGCCCCGUUGUGAUCAGGAAGAAGUGUCAGAUUCGCAGGAGAUAUUUUCACAAUCCGAUACCGCAGAAAGCUCUACCAAGUAUAUGGGCUCAUGUGAAAUCAAGCCAUUGAUUGUUGAGGAUGAAAAUCACAACAUCGAUGCGAAUGAAGAAACCCAUCUUGUCAUUCAAGACUUUCCACAAUGCCGGAUUUGCCUUGAUAAUGAAGGUGAUGACUUAAUUGCACCAUGCAAUUGCAAGGGCACACAAAAGUAUGUCCAUAGGUCCUGUCUUGAUAACUGGAGAUCAACAAAGGAAGGUUUUGCAUUUUCACAUUGCACCGAGUGUCGGGCAGCAUUCUUACUUCGUGCAAAUGUUCCUCCAGAUCGAUGGUGGCUAAGACUGAAGUUUCAACUUCUGGUUGCUAGAGAUCACACAUUGAUCUUUUUCAUUGUACAACUGGUUGUUGUUUUCUUGGGUAUGCUGGUGUACAGAUUUUAUGGAGAUGAACUGCGAGAAAUGUUUGGCUAUGAACAGCAUCCUUACGCUUUUUAUGCGUUGGCGAUACUGGCUGUUAUUUUGGUUGGUUUGCUAUAUGGAUUCUUCAUAGCUAUAAUAUGUGGACAGAGGAUCACCGAACGGCACUACCAUGUUCUUGCAAAGCAAGAGUUAACCAAGGAGUAUAUCGUAGAGGAUCUUGAAGGGUCUGAUCCAGUGCCAGACCUUGAUCCUAGCCAUGUCACGGAGUUGAGGACACUGGGGCUCUAUUGAGCAUAGCCGCAUAUAGCAUCAGGUUGUCAACCAGGACACCAGAGUGAAAGUGACAUGGGAAUUUAUGCUGGUUGGGGAGGGCAGACCUCAUUUGUUCGUGUAUUGAUGGAGAGAAUUUGAUGUACAAGUGUGGGUUACGUGCAAUAGCUUGUGGCGCUUUACAAAUGAAUAGGAUGCCCUUUGGCGCUCUGACAAAAGCAAGGGCAGACGCGUUCUUGGUUCUGUAUGUUGUGGACAAACUAAAUUAGGGUCCCUGGGAAGAUGGACCUCUCCUUGGGCCAUAAGGGGGGUUUCUUCUCACCGAGGCGGGUCUCUUCCUGGAGGUGGUGGAUGGGUCUCUUCUAUCACCCCUCUUUGGGAGAUGCCAGGGUCCUAUUAGAGGCGUAAGGAAGCGACUUGCUGUGGAUUGAGGAGCACAUGUUGAUGGCAGUUUAUCCUCGCCUCAUUAUUUGUGUAAGACUUCUUGAAAACAGUACAUCCUCAUGCGUACAUGACCAUGCAAAGUUAUCAUCCUCUUGAACUCCUGAAGUGUGGAGAUGAUUUGACGAUGUAAAUAUGUUCUUGUCC